UCGACUAUUCAAUCAGGAACCGGGGUCGUUGGCUCCGACACAUGUCCACUUUAGCGACAGCUUGUCCUGAACAGCACGCGACAACAUCUCAUACAAAGCCGCAACAAUGAGACUAUCAACACUUGUCGCUGGGCUUUUCGCCGGCCUGGUCACCAAUGUCGCCGCUACUGCUUUGACAUAUAAGCUCGAUGCUAACGAGAAGGCCUGUUUCCAUACCACCACGAAAAAGGAGGGAGAGAAGAUCGCUUUCUACUUUGCUGUCCAAUCCGGUGGUUCUUUUGAUGUCGACUAUGUCGUCGAGGGUCCCAAUGGCAAGAUCAUCAUGGAUGGUCAAAAGGAGCGACAAGGCGACUUUGUCUUCUCCGCCAAUGUUGUCGGCGACUACUCUUUCUGCUUCGAUAACGAGAUGAGCACCUUCGCUGAGAAGUUUGUCGAUUUCGAGAUUGCCGUUGAGAACGAGUCCCGCGCCCAGCUGCCUUCCAAGCAGGGUACCACCCCCGAACAGACUUCGAUCCUCGAGGACUCCAUCUUCAAGGUCUCUGGCCAGCUAUCGACCAUUUCCCGAAACCAGAAGUACUUCCGAACUCGUGAAAACCGUAACUUUGCCACCGUCAAUAGCACUGAGGGCCGAAUCAUCAACUUCAGCAUGAUCCAGAUCGGCCUGAUUAUCUGCAUGGGUGCCCUACAGGUGUUUGUUGUUCGAUUCUUUUUCCAGGGUGCGCGCAAGGGCUACGUAUAAAGAAAUCGCUGUAUCAUAUACUACGACGGAACUGGGUGUUACGAGGCGCGGAAUCAAAAGGAGAUGGAUAUUGGAAGUGUUAUGUAUAAUCAACGGAAGUAGAGCGCUUGAACUGUCUUAAGAGUCUGGUAUUUGGGUUGACUUUACAGAUUUGCGAUACUGGUAUGAUAGUUGUCAUGAUACGCUUUUGCUUGGCUUGACAGUUAAUGAAAUGACAUGAAGCUGUCGCACUUUACAUUUAUGAAUAACCGAUGUUUUCCAUAUGAAUUGAAGUUCUCUUCUGACUUCUGCCAUCGUCAAC